GCGGCGGCGGGGGCGGAGCGGCGGGACCGGGACCGGGGGCGAUGUUCGUGCAGGAGGAGAAGAUCUUUGCGGGGAAGGUGCUGAGGCUCCAUGUGUGCACCAUGGAGGGCGCCGAGUGGCUGGAGGAGGUGCCCGAGGACACCACGGUGGAGAAGCUCAAGGAGCGGUGCCUGAAGCACUGUGUUCCUGGGAGCUUGGAGGAUCCCAAAACUGUGACACAUCAUAAGCUGAUCCAUGCUACUUCUGAGAAGGUGCUGACAGACACAAAAACAGUGUUGGAGGAAAACAUUCAGGACAGAGAUGUGUUGCUGCUGAUCAAGAAGCGCGCGCCGGCGCUGCUGCCCAAGAUGGCAGAUGUGGUGGCAGAGGAGAAGAGGAAGCAGGAGCAGAAGGCUCCUGACAAGGAUGCCAUCCUCAAAGCCACUGCCAACCUGCCCGCCCGCAGCGUGGACCGCACCGUGACCCACCACAACAUGAGGGAUUUUCCUUUCUUGCAGUUCCAGACAGAGCUCCGGAAGAUUUUAGUGUCUCUCAUAGAAGUUGCACAGAAAUUGCUAGCACUGAACCCAGAUGCAGUUGAACUAUUUAAGAAGGCAAAUGCCAUGCUGGAUGAGGAUGAGGAGGACAGGGUGGACGAGAUCGCGCUGCGCCAGCUCACCGAGAUGGGCUUCCCAGAGAGCAGAGCUGUCAAAGCCCUCCGGCUGAACCACAUGUCGGUGACCCAGGCCAUGGAGUGGUUGAUAGAACACGCUGAUGACCCUUCUGUGGAUGCUCCUCUGCCAGGUCAGACUCCUGAAGAAGCCCCAGCUGAAGGUGCUGCCUCCUCUGCUGAGGCAGCUGCAGGCCCCAGCUCGGAGGAGGGCGGGGAAGAGGCCAAGGAUGAGCUGACGGAAAUAUUCAAGAAGAUCCGGAGGAAAAGAGAGUUUCGUCCAGACCCACGGGCUGUCAUUGCCCUGAUGGAGAUGGGAUUUGAUGAAAAGGAAGUGGUGGAUGCACUCAGAGUGAACAACAACCAGCAAAACGCAGCCUGUGAGUGGCUGCUGGGAGACAGAAAACCUUCUCCAGAGGACUUAGAUAAGGGCAUUGACACCAACAGCCCUCUCUUCCAAGCCAUCUUAGAAAACCCAGUGGUACAAUUAGGGCUCACCAACCCUAAAACUCUACUAGCCUUCGAGGAUAUGCUUGAAAACCCCUUGAACAGCACUCAGUGGAUGAACGAUCCCGAAACGGGGCCGGUGAUGUUACAGAUCUCCCGAAUCUUCCAGACGCUGAAUCGCACGUAGAGGGAACUGCCAGUGCACUGUGCCACUUCCCCCUGCCCCUCACUCCCCCUCCACCUCCACGGGAGGGUGCCUGGAUGGUUGGGAGGGGGUGGAUGGAAGGGAGAGAAGGGGGGAGAUCCUGGCUGGAGGGGUCUCUCUCACGAGAGCUUUCGUAGUUACGGCCAACAGGAGUGAGUUGCCUUGUGGAUUUAGUGUUAGUGGAAGAGGUUUGAGGACUUGUUUAUGUUUUCAGGUAUUAGGUUUAAAAUAAAGUAUAUAUAUAUAAAAAAAAUAGGAAAAAGGUUUUGUGAAAACGCUUAAGAAUCUGAUUGUUGGAAAGAACUAUUGCUCGUUCAAAAGGCCUGUGACAGUUUUCUGGCCAGUUUUGCUAGGAUCUGGCUGGUGUUUACAAAAGGUCACUGACCACUAGCAUAGGAUAUAAAUCAUCUCCAUACAGUAUUAAUUUAUGGCUCUUAUCCAAUUGCAAAACUGCUUUUUUUUUAAAAAAAAAAUUGAUUCUUAGGAAAUGUUUUUUAAAAACCCAAAUCUUGGGAGAGCAAGCACAUUUCUAUCCAAGCUUGUUUAUCUGGCUUUCUAAUUUAAGCAGAACCAUUCAGAGACGGAAUUCUAAUAAAUAACAUUACUUUUUCCUAUUUAUUUGCUGCAUUAGUGUUGUUGCAGUCCCACAGGGGUUGUACUUGCAGGAGGUUCUCUGUCAGGUACCAUACAGGUGCAGGAUCUCUUUCACCACAGAAUUCACCACAUCAAGACUUGAAUUCCCGAGUGGCUGCAAUUCCUAAGCUCAUAACUCUGCCAUAUCCCAUUGCAAGGAGGGAUAUGUUCACACAGUGGUUUUUUUCCCAUUUUUAUGUGCACGCUUUUGGAAAGGGGCUCGUGGGGGUUUUAUUCUGUUUACAAAAAAAAGCAGCUGAAUUGCAUGGGGAGGGGGUUGCUGGUGAUCUGUAAAGCAGCAGAACCACACAGGUUUUUAUCUUGUUUAAGGUAUUUAAAGCACGCUUGAAAUUGCUAUCUUUGAGUUAGAAGUGGGUUUUCUUCAUCCUUAUUUUUAUCAUGGUCAUACCAAGACUGUCAGGUUGGGUCUUUCCUAUUUUGCCAGAAGACUGGCUUGAGAUUUCAGAGAGGAUUUCUGAGCUAUUAAGAACAGAACUCACUGUGAAUAUCCAGCUGGUGUUUAUGACUGGGCUCUGCAGGUGUUACUUUUUUAGCAGUCUGCUAAAAAAAGGGGGUUAUUUUCAACUCAGUGAAAAUAAUGUGAUGUGAUUGACAUCUGUCAUCAUCCCUGCCAUGCCCUGUGCUUCACAGCCCUGCAGGAAAGGCAGAAGAGGCAAAUCUUGCAGAGAAACCCGGUGGAGACCCUGUCCUUAACCAGCACAAAGGUGUCCUGUCAAACAGGGAGAUCCUGAGCAGCUCUGCAAGUCACCUCUUUAGGUGUGGGAGGGAUUUAUGUGCAGUUGGAGUUUUUUUAAACAAAAAUGCAGCAAGAUGCAAUCUGAAACCCUACAACAAGUUUUGGCCUGAACUUGGCAUCUGCUCUGUGCUGUUAUGCAGCUGAGGCACUGAAGUUGCCAAUUUCUCAUAAUUAAUAUGAAGGGUGGGGAAAUCAAAGCAGCCUGAGAUUUUAUCUUGUCUUACUAUCCCAGGAUUCUUUUUUAAAAUUUUAUUUUGUAAUUUCAUAUUAAGCUUUACAGUUGAUGACUGCUGAAAUAUUUACUUCUACAUUUAGAAAUUCCAAGCUUUAUAGAGAUGCUUCUUCUGUUCAAAUUGGACAGUAAAACCAUUUUUGUGGGCUCUUGCUAAGAAUAGACUGACAACAUGACAUGAAAUUAUAACCUUGUCCUGUAACUAAAGCCAGGAGCCUGAUCCUGCACUCCAGUGAGCUCAGCACAGCUCCUCAUGAGUAGCUGUGACUGAAUGUUGUGGUCUUAUGAAAGAUUUUGAUUAUUUUACCCAUUUUUCUUGCUUACUCCUGAAGCUUUUUGCUUAUAAUAAUACCAGAAGACUCUUUUACUUGAAGUUCUUAAUGUCAGAGAUAAAUGUCCUUCUCUACGGUCAGGAUUCUGGUUAAUGUUCCUUUUAAUGAGUGUUUUUAGAAGGCAAAGUUGGAAAAAACUACCCUGUAGUUUGGUGGGAGGUUUUUUGGCUCUGAAUGGAUAAGGAGAGGUUCAGACUUAGCAAACAGAUUCUUUGGUGCAGUUGUGGCCCUUUAAAGAAGGUAAGGGCUUGGGAAAUGCUGGGUUUGAUUUCAGGAGUGGAUGGUGGAGUGGCUGUGGAGCUCAGAGGGAUAAAAGUGCUCAGAGCUGCCUCCCUUGGAAUGCCAGGACCCCUCAGUGCCACUGAACUGGUUAUAAAGUGCAGGGGAAAGCAGCAGUAAAACAAAUUAUUCCUAUGUAAUAGAAGGUGAGAAUGCCCAGGUUCAGCAGCAGCAGUAAGGAGACCGUAGGGAUAAAGGAAUUCUGCAUCUUUAGGAUGCUGGGAGGCUUGAGGAGAUGUGGUUAUUUCUGGAUUUUGUUGUUCCAGAGCUCAACACUUCCACAGCUCAUGUGUUGUUUGGGAUGGCCUGAGCAGAGCCCUGCUUGGCUUGUGAGAACUGAAGUUUGCCGUUGCCAAAAGCUGCAGGAGACCAGAAUUUAGGAAGUGUGGUGUUUGCAGCAAGGCCCAGGAGUUGAUUUAAACCCACCAAAAACUACCCUGAGGUUGAAGGGAUUGAUCAAGACAUCUGUGGUGCUGGGGUGUGAAUUACACCAGGGGCUGUGUCCCAUCACCCCAGGGGUGGGAUUGCUGCUUUAUCCCUGAAAAUGCAGAGGGGAGUUGAGUCCAUUGUGCUGGAAAAGGCACAGAUUGGCCCAGUUUUUAGACAACCUACAAAAACUGAAAUGUCACCACUCAGGAGUUGGAAUGUGCAGCCACCAGGCACAAGGAACGUGUAUGGCUUUGCCUGGUGAGGAACUGUCCUGUUCCCUGGGGGAUCUGCUCUGAGGACCAGUGAGAGAUCCCUGGACACAUGGGACAGAUUUUUGUUCAGUAAAACCAGCAGGUUUUGUGAGGAAGAACUGCUCACAGCAGUGAGGAUUUACUUGUGCUUGCACCUCGGGUGCUCAAGUUCAAACUAGCAGAGACAUGUCAGAGUUAAUUUUCUCUUACCGUGGUCAAGGGAAUAUUUGGAAGCCUGUGAGAUGGAGCAGGAAAGGGAUGGGGUGGUAGGUGACUAACAGUGUGAUUCUUACAGUUCCUGCUCUUUGCCCCGUUGGUAGCCAGACAAUCUCAUACCUUUUGAUGUUGCAGGCCUCUUGCAAGUAGCCAGCUAUUUAUUUAAAUGUAUCUAACUUAAAACUGUGUCAUCAAAACACUGAUAUUUUUAAUGGAAAUGUACUAUAUGGAAGUUUGUUCUCAGGGCUUCGUAUUUAUACUCUCUUUUUAGGGGGAUGCAUUUAAAGGGAUGUGUUUGGGAAAAAGGCCAGUGGCUACUUUGCAGCUUGGACCUUGAUUAUCUUGACCUGUGAGCCUGAGCUAGUGUAACUCUCCUGCUGAACCUCUUUCCCUGGUCCAGCCCAAAGAAUCUGCCAUUCCUCCUCUUCUGGUGAGCAGUGACAUUGAGUCUUCCUUUAGGAUUGCUGCAUCCCUCCUUGGAAAUGGUCACACGGGAUCACCCGGCUGCGUCAGGGCUCGCCGGGCUUUGCACCAUUUCCAGGACGUUUUGUGUUCUCCAUGCAGCUGGAAAAUUGACUUGCAUGGUUCCCAAAGCAGCCAUCAGGGCAUUCCUCCUCUGGGAAGGUGUGAGGUUCUCUCCUGCACGAGUUCCAAGACCUCCAGCUCGUGGCUUCUUCUUGGCAGCCCCUGUUACAGACCUGUCCCAAAAACCUUGACCCUCCUUUCUUUCCUCCUCUCCUAGAACCAAACUUGCAUUUCAGAGAUUGAUUUUCAUAUCCAAGCAACUCUUUAGUGGUUAUUGAAAUCCUUUUUAGUUAGGACUGUUACAAUUACUUUUUUUAGGCAUUGUGAUCCGUGGGCUGAGGAUCUUUUAAUGUAUUUUGGAAGGUGUUGAAAUAAGCAUCGCACCAAACGAAUGUAUAGCGACACUGUCAGCAAACAUUGCCUGUGGGAGAGGCACAGGUUGCUGUGAUCUCUGCUCCAGUGGCAAUUUUCCCAAAGUCUUGUGCACAGGAUAGCCAGUGUUUCAUCCAAAGUAACCACCCUGGUUUUCUACUUUUAAUAAUAAAUACCAUUUUUAUUAACGAACAGAACAGCGGCACUUCCAGCUGGUAUUUCCAUCCGACUGAGAGUCCUGGAGCUUUGGGGCUGGAGGUCCUGCCUGUAUCCCCCUCUCUGGGACAGUUCCUCCUCAGAAGGAUUUGUGCUGGCUGUGGCAGGGCAGUGUGGGGCAAUCCCCACCUCCCUGCAUGGGAUCUUACGUCCACGUGAAUGUUCUCACCUCCAUCCCCGCAUCCAGGUGUAGCAAAAGGGGUUUUUUAAGGACCUCUUGCCCUAGAUUUGAAGAUCUUCAAUGCAGAUCCUGUUUGCAGCAUGUGAACUUCAGUAAAUGUAAAUGCAUUAAAUUCUUACUGAAUUUGGGUAUAGUUUUAUAUCGUGCUCUGGGGAGAGGGAGGAAAUUGGAUCACGUUUUAAACGAAGCCCCACAAACCCAAGUGUCUCUGUUGCAGCAGGUAACAGAGGCCUGUAGAGAUUUUUAAUUUGCAUAUUUUUAUCAUGGCUUAAUGAACUGUACACGAAUGUGAUUUGCUACCCAGCACUUCCCACGAGGCAGCACCAGUAAAAUUACAUUGCAAGGUACUGACUUCACAUUUUUUCAUUUCACCUGUGUAUACAACAAUUAGGUACCGCAUAGGAUAACUUUGAUCUGGCUCUGACGCCGGUGUGUGGCAUGCACAGCUCUUCCUGAGGUGUAACAUUACUUUCUGAAGCUUAAACUAGGGCAGACGUCCCUGAGCCUGUGGAAUUCGGGAUUCAUUCUGGCCACGCUCGCGUGGGUCGCUGACCUCUCCCUGAGCAGGAAAACCAGCAGGAUUUGCUCCCUGCAGAAGGCCUCCAGGCCAAGAGCAAGGAAUGCUGCUAAUUUGUGAUCAUUUUAAGCAGUUGCUGUUGUGUUCUGAAAUAUAUUCCUGGAAGUUAGGGAGGUGUUGGCAAAGCCAGACCUGUUCAGGCUGGAAUCUUGUGUGUGUGGAGAUGUGGAGCCCACGGCCGGGGCUGGAAUGAAUGCUGAGGCUUUAAACCUGCUCACACAUCACCCCAGACACUGAUGUUGUGUGUGCUGUACAUUUAUAAUAUAUCUUCAAAAUAAAGUUUUUUGAUUUAUUACAA